GUUUUAGUAAGUAAAUGAAAAAGCUGUAGUUAGAUUAGAAGCAGUGUGGCAGCUUAAAGCAUUUAUGCGAGCUUUUUUUCUUAUUUUUACGCGCUGACAAAUAGUGCAGCGCUCCAAUAGCACAGGACCUGAAAUUUGGCAGCCAAGCAGCCCACACCAUUGACCGUGAAAGGCUUGGAAACAGUUCCAGUGCUGAUCCCGAUUUGAACUAUAACUAAAACAAGUUAAAACAAGUAAAACAAAGUUGCAUCUAAGUGGACGAGCGUGGCAGGAGGCGAACAUGGCUUUGCCAGAUAGUGGCAUAUCUGCAGAGGAGAUACCCUUUCCAGAGAUCAUAGAGCUCAAUGUCGGUGGGCAGGUGUACAUAACCCGCUACUCUACACUCACAAGCGUGCCAGACUCUCUGCUGUGGGAGAUGUUUACUCAAAAGUCAGCCAAAGGACUGGCCAGGGACACAAAGGGGCGCUUCUUUGUAGACCGUGAUGGUUUCCUGUUUCGUUACAUCCUGGACUACAUGCGUGACCAGCAGCUGGUCCUUCCAGACCACUUCCCAGAGCGCGGUCGUUUGCAGAGAGAGGCUGAGUUCUUCAACCUGCCAGAGCUCGUCAGGCUUCUGGCACCCAAAAUCAGCAAACAGAACUCCCUUGGUGAUGAGGGAUGUCCUAGUGACACAGAGGACUCCUCACCUGGGACUGACACCUCCCGUAACCUCGGCUCUCUGGGUGCUGCUGCUGCUGCCUGUGCCAGCCUGGUGCCCGGCGCCAUGGAUGGCAAACGUUCUGGGUUCAUCACUAUUGGCUACCGAGGCUCCUACACCUUGGGGCGCGACAGCCACACGGAUGCCAAAUUUCGCCGAGUGGCACGGAUCAUGGUGUGUGGGAAGACCUCCCUGGCUAAAGAGGUGUUUGGGGAAACGCUGAACGAGAGCCGGGACCCGGAUCGCCCCCCUGAGCGCUAUACAUCCCGCUACUAUCUCAAGUUCACCUUCCUGGAGCAGGCUUUUGACAAGCUGGCAGAUGCAGGCUUUCACAUGGUGGCCUGCAAUUCCACAGGAACCUGUGCCUUUGCCCACGAGCAGACGGACGACAAGAUCUGGACCAGCUACACUGAAUAUGUGUUCUACCGGAGAAAAAAAAUGAUCCCCCCCGCCCGCUCUGGAAUGCAUGACAAAUCCUCAGAGACCAGGACAAUACUGUGCCUGCAGUGUCUCUCCAGCCCAAAUAAACACAGUCACAGGCAGCAUUCCUCUGUCGCUGUCCUCCGGCGGACUACAGCAACACGGGAGUGCCAAGGUCAGUCAUUAGCGCAAACAUGGAGAAACAUGCCUUCGUGUGAAAUUUCAGGCACUGGCCUCCUUAACCUCUCCUCCUCUCGUCAGCGCAAAUUCCUUGAGAUUCAACAGCAGCAGCGAGAUGCGUGGAAACGUUGACAUUCAGACGCUGACAUUCAGAGCAUCCACAGACCAGACGAAAUGUGCGCGCUGAAAUUCAGUGGUGUUUUUUUUCUUUUUUUUUUAAAUGUGUCUUGUGAAACACGUGGUUGAAAAGUGUAGCAUUGUCUGCUCGUGUGCUUGCAAAGGCAGCAGGUUCUCACUGUGUCGCCACAGUAUGCCUAUUCAUAUUCAGAGUGUCACAAUAAAGAUAUUUUACCAUGA